AUGGCACAGUUCCAGGAACCUCUUAAGGUCAAGAUGUAUAUGAACUAUGCAAGGGAGAAAUUGUGGGAGGUCAUUCCUGAAUCAACUAAAAGAUUUCCAUGGAAAAAAGCAGAGGCUACCGCGCUGCAGCAAUUGCUGCUUUUAGGACAGCAGGCAUUAAAGUGGUCUCUUAUUGUACUGUUCAUUUUUAGCUCCUCAUCAGAUAUCAUAUAUGCUGUCUCUAGAAACAAAGAGUUAUUAAUACCAUUUGGUCUUUUCGUUGGCUGCCUGAUGACCGAAUUCUUGAAAGAGGCAUCGCAAGAGUUGUUUAGGAACUCAGAGGAGAGAAGAUUGAGUAAUCAAUUUUUGGGUAUAGGUUGUUUCUUUGUUCUUGUUAAGAUUAUCUCGACAUAUUUUCCUUUAGGAGGAUGGGUGUUUCUCUUGCAUAUUGCAAAUGGUGGGCUGAUGCAAGUUUUGUGGCUUUGGAAAAGUUCACCAGAAGGAGAAGAGGGAGACAAUAGAAGGAAUUCCUUGCUUGAAGAUGGUUCCACUGCCAGGAAUGAAGCCUAA